UAAAUCUCUAGCUGGACUGGUAAUUUUUAAAAAGGAGAGAGGAUCCUAUAAGUGGGAUAAAAGAAAAGAUAUCUUUACACAUUCUACAGAUAUUAAAAGGAUAUAAGGGAAUACUGAAAACAAUUUUAUGGCAAUAAAUUAGACAAUUUAGAUGUAAUGGAAAAAAUUCCUUACAAGACACAACUAUUGAAAUAGACACAAAAAGAGAGAGAAAGUCUCCCUCUUUCUCUUCUGGUCCCAGGCGAUUUGGGAUCUCCCGGCUCCUGUGCAGACAUGGUCAAGUCCAAGAACCACACCGCAUACAGCCAGUCCCGAAAACGCCACAGAAACGGCAUCAAAAAACCCCGAUCACAACGAUAGGAAUCUCUUAAGUGGGUGGACCCCAAGUUCCUGAGGAACAUGCGCUUUGCCUAGAAGCACAACAAGAAGGGCCUGAAGAAGAUGCAGGCCAACAACGCCAAGGCCACGAGCGCACGUGCUGAGGCCGUUAAGGCUCUCGGAAAGCCCAAGGAGGUGGAGCCCAAGAUCCCACAGGGCAGCAACUGCGAGCUCAGUCGACUUGCCUGCACUGCUCACCCCAAGCUCGGGAAACGUGCUCGUGCCCGCAUCGCCAAGGGUCUCAGGCUCUGUCGGCCAAAGGCCGAGGACGAGGCUCAGACCAAGGCCGCAGCUUCAGCUGCAGCUGCAGCUCAGGCUCAGGCUCCCAAAGGCGCCCAGGCCCCUACAAAGGCUCCAGAGUAGAGGCUUUCAUCUGUUGAUGUGAGGAUAUAAGGACUAGUGUGACCCUUGGGCUGCUGUCUGCAUGGGGCUCAUGUCUACCUGUGCUGUUUGUACAAACCAACCUGAGGCAGGAUCAAAAAAAAAAAAAAAAGAAAGAAAGAGAAA